CCAAAGUCUUGAAUGCUCCAGUGAGUCUUGAUAAUAAAGAUCUUUGGACAUUUGACCACCUUGGACCCCGGAAUGGAUACCUGACCUUACCUAAGUACUGGCUCACACAUGCCCAUCGCGACAUUCAAUGAUUCAGGCAGCAUUGUCAGCCCCGACCCAGAUUGAACCCUCAACAUGCCGGCAUUCAACCACCCAGGAGUGUCACAGAAUGUCUUUCUAGGCCUCAUCUGGGCCGCGGAAGGCCUGGCGCUGCUCUUCCUGACCAUCCGGCUCUUCACGCGCAUUCGCACGCAGCGCCGCAUCUUCUGGGAUGAUGUGCUCGCCAUCUUCGCCGCCAGUCUCACCGUCGUCGUCGCGGCGCUCUGGCAGUGGCAGGCACCGUCCAUGUACCAGGUGCUCCAGGUCAUGGCCGGUCUCGCGCCGCCCGGUCCCGGCUUCAUCGACAAGAUGCUGCUGUGGCUGAAGGUGCAGCUCAUUUCCGAGCUCUUCUUCUACACCGGCCUCGUGGCAGUCAAGCUGGCCUUCCUGCUCUUCUUCAAGCGCCUCGGCCACAACGUGAACCGGUUCGACUGGUUCUGGUGGCCCGUCUUUGGCUUCGUCCUGGCUGUGUACGCCGUCAACCUCGGCACCGUCGAGUACCGUUGCUUGCUUGCUACGGUCGAGGACGUCGUGGGGUACUGUUCGUCCAGGCAGUCGGCCGACUUCACCGCUAUCACGCUCAAGUUCAACUGCGCCAUGGAUGUGUUUUCCGACUUUCUCAUCAUCCUCAUCCCCGUGUGGCUUUUGUGGAACGUGCGCAUUGCGUUCGCCAAGAAGCUCGCCUUUUUCGGCCUGUUUUCGCUCUCGCUCGUCACCAUGGCCAUAGCCACGGCGCGCGCGGCCGACCUGACUGCCACCUCUUGGGAUAACGGUGUGAUUGAUCCGAGCUAUCUCUGGAUGUGGACUGCCAUUGAGCCAUGCAUUGCCAUUGCCGUCUCUUGCCUGUCGGCGUUCCCUCAACUCUUCGCCGCCUCGGUCAACGCCAACAAGCCGGCCUACAAGCCGACCGACACGUACCUGCGCAUGAUGUCGCGCAUCCGCUCCAAGAGGAACUUGAAGAAGCAGCACAGCGAGCCCACCCUCUACGACCUCUCCUCCAUCUCCCAGGUGGACUACGUCAAGGCCCCAGAGACCUCGUCGAUGGAGCACCUGCAACCCGUCCUCGUGCCGGGGCCGCCGCAGCCCAUGGUCGUCUGCUACAAGACGUCACACGAAGCCGACGGCGCUCAGAUGCACGGCCAGAUUAAGCGGGAGCUCGGCUAUCAGGUGACACAGCAGUCGGGCUGGCGGUGAUUUCUUUUAUUACCUUUCAAUUGAGGGCAGAUGAAGAGCCUUGGGGA